AUGAGCAAUCAUCAACAUCAACGUCAACCUCUUAACCUACAACUUUUACAAACACAGCCAGAAAUUAUACAAUCAUUUGAUUUUCAGAAAUACGAAUUUCUUCUAAAUAAAAAAAAGAAAGAUAUAAAAUAUAAUGACAUUUGUGAGUAUUUUUUUGACCAUAUACACUCUAAAUCUAUCAUCAAUAUGUUUUUAUUAUUCCCUCCAUUAAAUCUAGAAAUCAAAUUUGAUGAACAAAAUAUUGAUAGCCAAUCAAUUUCAAUUGCAAUUUUAAAAAGUACAAGUGGAAGCAACAGAUUAAUGAAAACUUUACCAAACCUAGUCUCAUCAGCAUUGUCUUCUGCAAUAAAUGAUGCCUACUUUGAGAACUUGUUGCCAAUCCCAAUCACUUAUAAAAUCAUCGAUUUUAAAAAUAGUCAAUUAAAAUUAAAAGCAAUGAUAUUGGCUUUUAUUUUUGAAGACCUUUGGAAUUCAAAUCUUCAGUUAAAAAAACAACAAAUUAUCAGUGAUUUCUAUAACAAAAUUUCUAAAAAUGAUACAGUCAUAAUGGAAAGCUGGGGGGGGGGGGAAAGGAAAAGUUAUUUUAAUAAUUUUCGCUUGACAUACUAUAAAGAAUUUAAUCAAGUUUUUGAUGAAUCCAAAAUCGAGAUGGUCAAUCUAGAGUUUAACGAUAUUCAGGUUGGAAAACAAUACAAUACCCAAGUCCUCUCAAUGAACCAAAAAUCAUUUUUAGCUGCAUUUAGCUCUACUGUUCCCCUAGAAAGUGAUAGCAAACCUGCUACAAAAUCAGAUUUCAAAAAGGGCUUUCAACAGAUUUCGUUGCUACAUCAAUUGCAAAUAUAUCAUAAUAGUAUAAAAAAUUCAAACAUUUUUAUUUUUAAUAAUAAAUUCUAUUUUAUUGAUUAUGGUUUUUCAUCUUCAACAGAUAUUUCUUCGCCAUAUGAUUGCAUCGAAAAGGAUAUAGAAGCUUUACAAGUGUGUAAAGAAAAAGCUCUUUAUCAAGAAUGA